CCGCGAGAGUCCAGGAUGGAUGUGGCCGACCCGCAGCAGCUGGGCAUGUUUACAGAGGGGGAGCUGAUGUCCGUGGGGAUGGACACGUUCAUCCACCGCAUCGACUCCACGGAGGUCAUCUACCAGCCGCGUCGCAAGCGGGCCAAGCUCAUCGGCAAGUACUUGAUGGGGGACCUGCUGGGGGAGGGGUCCUACGGCAAGGUGAAGGAGGUGCUGGACUCGGAGACGCUCUGCAGGAGAGCCGUCAAAAUCCUCAAGAAGAAGAAGUUGCGAAGGAUCCCCAAUGGGGAGGCCAACGUGAAGAAGGAAAUCCAGCUCCUGAGGAGAUUACGGCACAAAAACGUCAUCCAGCUGGUGGACGUGUUGUACAAUGAAGAGAAGCAAAAAAUGUAUAUGGUGAUGGAGUACUGCGUGUGCGGCAUGCAGGAGAUGCUGGACAGCGUGCCCGAGAAGCGCUUCCCCGUGUGCCAGGCCCACGGGUACUUCUGCCAGCUGGUGGACGGCCUGGAGUACCUGCACAGCCAGGGCAUUGUGCACAAGGACAUCAAGCCAGGCAACCUGCUGCUCACCACGGGCGGCACCCUCAAGAUCUCCGACCUGGGUGUGGCCGAGGCCCUGCACCCCUUUGCCGAGGACGACACGUGCCGGACGAGCCAGGGCUCCCCAGCGUUCCAGCCCCCUGAGAUCGCCAACGGCCUGGACACCUUCUCUGGCUUUAAGGUGGACAUCUGGUCGGCUGGGGUUACUCUCUAUAACAUCACGACAGGCCUGUACCCAUUCGAGGGGGACAACAUCUACAAGUUGUUUGAGAACAUCGGGAAGGGAGACUACACGAUCCCGGGUGACUGCGGCCCCCCGCUCUCGGACUUGCUGAGAGGGAUGCUGGAAUACGAGCCAGCCAGGAGGUUCUCCAUACAGCAGAUCAGACAACACAGCUGGUUCCGGAAGAAGCACCCGCCAUCAGAGGAGCCCGUGCCCAUCCCGCCAAGCUCGGACUGCAAGGACCGCUGGCGAGGCAUGACAGUGGUGCCCUACCUGGAGGAUCUGCAUGGCUGUGCGGACGACAAUGGGGACGAGGACCUGUUCGAUAUCGAGGACGACAUCAUCUACACUCAGGACUUCACGGUGCCCGGUGGCGAGGAGGCGUCUGAGGCAGGGCUUAGAGAGGAGAGAGGACAGGUCCCAGAAGAGGAGGCUAGUCAGAACGGGCAGAGCCGGGGCCCGCCCAGAGUCGUGUGCGUGAACGGCACGGAGUCGGCGCAGCUGAGCGCCAAGUCGAAGGUGGAGCGCCGGGCCAGUGCCGCCUCCAACCCCACCCGCAAGGCCUGCUCGGCCAGCAGCAAGAUCCGCCGGCUGUCGGCCUGCAAGCAGCAGUGAGGGUCGCCGCCCGCAGCCCGUCUCAUCCAGGUGCCACGGCCCAGGUCCUCAGUCUUCCCAUCGACUGCUGGCCCACGUCUGCUGCCCAGAAAGGCCGCCACCACACCCUCCUUGCCGACUGCCCCUCAGGAAUCCAGGGGUCCUGGAGGGCCAUGGCUGGGGGACAGCAGGGACUGGGGACUGGCCUUCCCCUCAUGGCCAGUGAACACGGCCUCUCAUUGACUUUGCAGCCCUGUGCUGAGCCCCCUCCCCGGGCCUCGGGAGGAGGGAGAGCGCCGGCACUCGGGCCCCGCGGGAAGCCCCUGCCAUGCACUUUACGUUCAGACUACUGGUCCUCGCCCCACCCCUGACUUCUUUUUACUCUGCUCCACGUUAGCGCCUCCCACACCUAGUGAUGUGUUCAGACAAACCACAGCCACAGCAGGAGCCAGUAGAACAGGGCCGUCAACCAAGAUGCAUGCCCAGAGCCCAAGGGAGCCAGGCGGCUGCCUUGUCUUUGUUGUUCGGUUGGUUCCUUUUCCUUUUUCUAAGAAAAAAUAAAGCAGGUGGAUUUGA